AUGGAAGAUAAUGAGUUCCAGCCGACGGAUCGCCGUCAGGGCCGCGAUUCCCAAGCCACGACGUCUUCCCUCGCUUUUGUCGACCCGGCGCCUAUCGAGAUGAUCGAAGUAGAUGAUGAGGAGAAGCAGUCGACACAAGAUACCGAGCGUCUUGAUUCCAGCCAUACAAGCCAUGAGGAUGAUCCUGCACCACACACGGGCUCGACUGUUACCCUUGGGCUCAGCGGCUUGGGCCGCGGAGCUGUCUACUACCUGACGCGAAUACAGAAAUACUCGAGCUACGCAAUGUCCAUUUUCACCUCCCUUCACCUGUGCAACGUAUCCCUGAUCCCAGCAGCGACAGGAUCCAUCGACGCUUCGGAAACCUACUUCCUCAUGACGCGCGAGAUCUACCAAACAUCGAUAUCUGAACCGGCUCUGGUGCUCCUGCCAUUUGUCGCACAUUUGGGCUCGGGGAUAGCAUUACGACUCUUACGACGGUCACAAGCUAUCAAGCGAUACGGGCGGGCUGUUGCUACACGGCAGCGUGUGGCCGGGACUAGGUCAGCUACGUCCUCACCUUGGCCGCCGUUGAACUACAUUUCUGUGUCGGGAUACGGGUUGAUGGCAUUCUACACAGCUCACGUGGCCAUGAACCGCAUCCUGCCGCUAAUGAUUGAGGGCGACAGCUCCAACAUUGGGCUGGCGUAUGUGGCCCACGGAUUCGCACGGCAUCCGGCCGUGUCACGCCUAGCAUAUGUCGGUCUCAUUGUGACAGCGGCGGGGCACAUGGUCUGGGGAACAGCGAAAUGGCUUGGGCUGGCACCCUCGACACGAGCGUCUCUGUCGCCAUCGCUGGCGGGCCUGAGCGCCCCGUUGGCGACCAAGGAUGUGCGGCGACAGCGGAGGAGAUGGCUGGGUGUUCACGCCGUCACGCUGGGGGUGAUGGUGUUGUGGUCGGUGGGUGGUCUGGGCAUCGUCGCUCCUUCCGGUGCCUCGGAUGGAUGGGUUGGCACAUUGUACGACAAUUUGUUCAGCAAGAUGUGCUUAUAG